GUAACAGACACAUUAUAUAAGUCUUUGUUUCAGACAACUUUUUCUGCACUCUUUGUCCUUUUGCCUUCAACAAAAUUCUGGUUUUGAGUAAGGAUCGAAACCCAAGAAAAUGGGUUUCUCGUUACCAACUCUAAUCCUGUCUCUUCUUCUUCUUCUGUUUUCCCACCAAUCAAAGGCUGAGAAUUUGGACUCCUUAAGCAAUAAUGCAACCAUUUCUAGUAAUGGCAGAAAGCUCGCAGGAAGUUGCAACUUGUUCCAUGGCAAAUGGGUGUAUGACACUUCAUACCCUCUCUACAACCCUUCUACAUGUCCCUUCAUAGAUCCACAAUUCAAUUGCCAAAAGUACGGUCGUCCUGAUAAACUCUAUGAGAAAUAUAGGUGGCAACCAUUCUCUUGUCCCUUACCAAGGUUCAAUGCAUUGGAUUUUCUGGUUAAAUAUAGAGGGAAGAAGAUUAUGUUUGUUGGUGACUCUUUGAGCUUAAACCAAUUCAAUUCACUUGCAUGUAUGAUUCACUCUUGGGUGCCAAAAACCAGAACUACAUUCACAAAACAAGACACUCUUUCCACAGUGACAUUCCAGGACUAUGGUCUCCAGUUAUUACUAUAUCGCACACCAUAUUUGGUAGACCUUGACCAUGAGAAUGUUGGACGGGUUCUUAAGCUGGAUUCAAUAAAGAGUGGUGAUGCUUGGAGAGGGAUGGAUGUUCUGGUAUUCAACACAUGGCAUUGGUGGACCCACACAGGGAAUUCACAGCCGUGGGAUUAUAUUCAAGAGCGUAACAAGUUGUACAAAGACAUGAACCGUUUCAUUGCUUUCUACAAAGGUUUGACAACUUGGGCUAGAUGGGUUAACAUAAACGUAAAUCCAUCACAAACCAAAGUCUUCUUUUUAGGAAUUUCUCCCGUGCAUUACAUGGGGAGAGAUUGGAAUCAACCUGAAAAAUCAUGCAUGAGUGAGACAGAACCAUUCUUUGGUUUGAAGUACCCUGCAGGGACACCUAUGGCUUGGGUGGUGGUGAACAAGGUUUUGAGCAGAAUAAAGAAGCCAGUGUCUUUCCUUGAUGUGACUACACUCUCUCAGUACCGGAAAGAUGCACAUCCUGAAGGGUACAGUGGGGUUAUGCCAACAGAUUGUAGUCAUUGGUGUCUUCCAGGACUUCCUGAUACUUGGAAUGUGCUUCUUCAUGCAGCUCUUUUUGGUUAGAGGAAGCAGUGACUUUGCAACUUGGUUUAUUAGGUCCAAUUUAUUAGAGGAAAACCCAUUGUUUUCUACUGUAGGAAAUAUUUAAUUGGGCAUUUUGUUUUCUUGGAAUUGGACAAUAAAAGAAUUUGAUGCUCCAAAUUGUAAAUUUUCAUAUUAUUUUGGCAUAAACAUGCCUUUAUUGUACCAAAUACCCCCUUUGGAAUAUUGAAA